AGAGAGAGAGAGAGAGAGAGAGAGAGAGAGAGAGAGAGAGAGAGAGAGAGAGAGAGACCGGAAAGGCAGGUAGAGAAAUGGUCAAGAACAUAGUCUCGCCUGACCACAACAUGCAACUCAAAUGAGAGAUGACAAGUGAGUUCAAGAUAUCUCGAAGAGUGCAUAAGCAGUAGCUUGAAUGGUAAUGUAACGGACCCAGUUUACGAGUAAGAAAGAAUGAGGUACAGUACCCAGAUGGAAAGUUAAGGGUCUGAACUCCGGAGUACCUUUUAGUGAGUUUCGGCGAGGGCGGAAAAAAACGAACAACAUCUGCGAUUGAAGCCCCUGUUGAUCGAGCUUUCAGCGGAACACACUUCACUUGGCUGAGACAUUACCCUAAGUGUAUGAAGUGACUUGCCAGCCAAUGCUUAACUUGAGAGGAGAGCUUGAUUGCUUGCGCAUGUGGGUCUGUAUUGUGGCUGCAAGCACUGUUUCCGCACCAGAUCUUAGUAAGUAUAUCUGGUCGAGGGACGGGGGUUUUGUACACUAUUACAGUCACCAACCUCCUCUUAAUGUAUUACGGAUACCCCUGUUCUUCUCUCUCAACGCGCUUUUGGUUCACCAAACGAGGACAGACGCCUACGAGUUGGGGGUAGCAGUGCUAGAUUUGGGAUCCAGUGACGCGUCUGGUCGUACAUUUGGCGGGGGGUGGCUGGGUGUUAAUCUCUGAUAGUACGGAUAUUUGGUGUCUGACCGUCUAACCGCCUGACCGAAGAAGGUAGAGCUGCUAGCGGGGCAUAAGGGGACAUGGAUUGUAAUGGGAAUCCGUUCGCU